CUCGGCGCCAAAAUUCAAACGUUUGUUACUGCCGCAGCUCUGCUUACGGCGAGAGUGCGAGAGGGGCUCGGAGGCUGCCGGCCGUCAGCGAGAGCUUCCUUCGCUUGCAUGAGGAGUUACAGUUCAGUCCUUUCAUUGUACUCCUGAGGGAAGCACCAACGUGGCCACUUGACAGCUUAAAGAAGAUGUACAUCAAAUCAAUUGUACUUGAAGGAUUUAAAUCCUAUGCUCAGAGGACAGAAAUCCGUGAUUUUGAUCCAUUAUUCAAUGCCAUUACUGGUUUGAAUGGUAGUGGCAAGUCCAACAUCUUGGACUCGAUCUGCUUCCUGUUGGGCAUCUCCAAUCUAUCUCAGGUGCGAGCUUCGAGCCUCCAUGAUUUAGUUUAUAAAAAUGGGCAAGCUGGAGUGAAUAAAGCAACUGUGUCUAUCACAUUUGAUAAUUCUGACAAGAAACAUAGUCCACUGGGAUUUGAAAAUAAUGAUGAGAUCACCAUCACCAGGCAGGUUGUUGUUGGGGGUAGAAAUAAGUAUCUUAUCAACGGUAUGAAUGCUUCCAACAAUCGUGUACAGGAUCUCUUUUGUUCUGUCGGACUCAAUGUCAAUAACCCUCACUUCCUUAUUAUGCAGGGGCGAAUUACUAAAGUUCUAAAUAUGAAGCCAACAGAGAUUCUAGCUAUGAUUGAAGAAGCAGCUGGUACCAGGAUGUAUGAAUGCAAGAAAAUGACUGCCCAUAAAACCAUAGAGAAAAAGGAAGCCAAACUGGAUGAAAUUCGAAGGGUCAUAACUGAAGAGAUCAGUCCAACUAUAGAGAAACUGAAAGAGGCACGUGCAUCAUAUCUAGAGUACCAGAAAAUAACACGGGAAGUGGAGAAUUUAAGACGCAUCCAUGUGGCUUUUCAGUAUGUCCGUGCUGAGGAGAUAAAGGAUCGCUCUGCUAAUGCUUUAAAGGAAGCACAGACAAAUAAGAAGAAGAUUUUGGAAUCAGUGGCUGAGAAUGAGAAGAAGGUAAAGGAACUUGCACAACAAAUAGAAGAAACAGAGAAGAAAAACAAUACGGAAUUUGGUGCUAAGUUACAUUCGCUGGAAGUUGCUUUGUCGGAACUCCAAAGAGUUGAUGCUAAAGUCCGCAGUGAUCUUGAUCAUAGGAAGCAAAACUUAAACAGUGAAGAGAAAAGGCAUAAAGAAUUGAUUAAAAUCAUGCAAGAGGAAUUUAAAGCAUUCACAUCAAAGGAAAAGGAAAUAAAGAAGAUACAGGAAGAGCUAAAUGAUUUACAGGAGGAAAGUAAAAAAGAUGCAGAAGCUUUAGCCACAGCACAACAGCAUUUUAAUGCUGUAUCUGCUGGCCUGUCUAGCAAUGACAGUGGUCAAGGAACUUCUCUUGCUGACCAGAUGAUGACCUGCAAAAAUGAGAUUAGCAAAGCAGCAACGGAGGCUAAACAGGCCCAAAUGAAGCUGAAAUAUACUCAGCAGGAGCUAAAAACAAAACAAGCUGAAGUUAAAAAGAUGGAUGGAAGCUACAAGGAAGACCAGGAGGCAUUAGAAGCUAUCAGAAAAACUAAAGAGAAACUACAAGAUCAAAUGAAAAAUCUGAAAUACGAAGAAGCUGAACAAAAAGCCCACCUAGCAAAAAAGAAACUGAGUUCUGAAAUCAGUUCUCUGACAGAAUUGUGUGAAAGUAUAAUAGCAAAGCAUCCUCAUCUACGGUUUGAAUACAAAAAUCCAGAAAAAAAUUGGAAUCCGAACCAUGUGAAGGGCCUUGUUGUAACUCUUAUCACCGUGAAAGACGUAGCCACAUCAAGAGCCCUAGAAGCAGUGGCUGGGGGAAAGCUCUAUAACAUUGUUGUGGACACAGAGGCUACUGGCAAAAAGAUUUUAGAGAAGGGUCAACUAAAGCAUCGGUACACCAUCAUUCCACUAAGCAAAAUUUCAGCCAAGUGUAUUGGAGAUGAGAUUAUCUCCUUGGCCAAAAAUCUGAUUGGUCAUCAUGAAGUACAUAUAGCCAUUUCUCUUAUUGAUUAUAAUUCUGAACUGCAGAAGGCAAUGGAAUAUGUCUUUGGGACAACACUGGUCUGUAGCAGUAUGGCUAACGCUAAGAAAGUGACCUUUGACAAAAGAAUAAUGAGGAAAGCAGUUACACUUCAAGGAGAUAUAUUUGACCCCCAGGGAACCCUUAGUGGAGGUGCAAGCUCAAAUAUUACACCUAUAUUGUCUAAACUUAAAACAAUGAGAGAAGCUGAAGACAAAGUCAAAAUAAAGAAGUCUCAACUUGAAGCUGUAGAGAAAGAGCUGGCAAACUUAAAGAAUGCGGCUGAAAAGUACCAGCAUCUGAAGCAGCAGUGGGAGAUGAAGUCUGAAGAGGCAGAGCUACUGCAAACUAAGAUUCAGCAAAGUGCUUAUCACAAACAACAGGAAGACCUGCUUGCUCUGAAGAAAACUAUUGCGGAGUGUGAAGAGACAUUAAAGAAAACUGAAGAGAGCCAGAAGAAAGCUGAAGAAGAGUAUAAGGCAUUAGAGAAUAAAAUGAAAAAUGCAGAAGCAGAACGUGAGCAGGAAAUAAAAAAUGCCCAGCAGAAACUAAAUAGCGCCAAGAAGAAAGCAGAUGAUUCAAGCAGAAAAAUGAAAGAAAAGCAGCAGGAAGUUGAAGCAUUAGUUCUGGAAGUUGAACAGCUGAAACAAGAACAAGCCUCAUAUAAGCAACAGAGUGAGGCGGCACAACAAGCAAUCGUGUCCUUCCAGGAGCAAGUUGAUGCUUUGGCAGCCGAAGCAUUUAAGACAAGGGAAUCUCUAAAGAACGCGGAGAAUGAGCUGAUCAAGCAAAAGGGAUUAAUGGCAGAGCGAACUAAAGUUAUCAAAGCCAAAUCUGCAGAGAUGGAGAAAUACAGAGAGCAAAAUAAUGAACUGCAGCUCAACAUGAAUGCGUUAGAACAUGACAUCAGCAAGUAUCAACAAGAGACUGCUGAUGCCUCUUCCACGUUGGACAAACUGCUAAAAGAGUAUAAGUGGAUAGCUUCAGAAAAAGAGCUUUUUGGCCAGCCAGACACAACUUAUGACUUUGAAGCCAGCAAUCCUAAAGAAGCAGGUCAGAAGCUGCAGAAGCUGCAGACAAAAAAAGAGAAGCUGGAGAAGUCAUUGAACAUGAGAGCUAUGAAUUUGCUUUCUGAGGCAGAGGAAAGGUAUAAUGACUUAAUGAAGAAAAAGAGAAUUGUAGAGAAUGACAAGGUAAAAAUUCUUGCAACUAUUGAAGAGCUCGACCGAAAGAAAAAUAAAGCUUUACACAUUGCUUGGGAAAAGGUGAACAAAGACUUUGGUUCCAUCUUCUCGAUGCUUCUACCAGGAGCCAAAGCCAUGUUAGUUCCAUCUAAAAAGCAAAAUAUCCUGGAUGGUCUGGAGUUCAGGGUUGGCUUAGGAAACAUCUGGAAGGAAAACUUAACGGAACUUAGUGGAGGUCAAAGAUCACUGGUGGCCUUGUCCUUGAUCUUAGCCAUCCUUCUCUUCAAACCUGCUCCAAUUUACAUCUUGGAUGAAGUGGAUGCUGCUCUUGACCUUUCUCAUACCCAGAAUAUUGGACAGAUGCUUCAUGCUCAUUUCAAGCAGUCCCAGUUCCUUGUGGUGUCUUUGAAGGAUGGAAUGUUUAACAACGCCAAUGUCCUCUACAGAACCAAGUUUGUUGAUGGUAUAUCCACAGUUUCAAGACACUGCCAGUUAAAAAAAAAGCAGCCACUGAAUGAGACCGGCAACAACAAAGCUGAGUAACAAACAACACAGUAAUGAUGACUCAAGCAUUCUGUGUUCCUUGAUAAUAGGAGGCCCGAGAAUCACCUUUUUAAAAAAGAAAAUCAUUAUUUUUAUCUUGAUUCUUUUUAGUAAGUCAUUGUUUUUAGCUUUUUUAAUAGCUUCAGUUCAUGGCUGAACUGGAGCCUUUCUGUGAGAGAGGUGUGAUGAAUGAAGCUUGCAGCGUUUAUAGUUUUCAGAAAACCUGUUGCAAACUGAGAUACUGCAUUCAGCUUUUGUCAGUUAAAGUGCUGUAUGUUUAUGUAAGUUAGUGUAAGCUUUAAGCUGUGUAAGCUACUUAUUUGAGAGAAGUAUGGUGUGUAGCAUUUUAACUGCUCAUUUUUAG